GCGGGGCCGGGCGGCGGGGCCCGCCGAGCCGCUGGGGAAAAUACUUACUGUCUCUUUCCAGUGUUGAAAUUGAAGCUGAGAAGCAGAAAAGAUGUUGGAAACAAUUGAUAUACAUCGGGCCCUCCAGGCCAUGGAGCGCUUACAGGCAAAACUUCGGGAUCGAGGUGACAUUGCAAAUGAGGAGAAACUGAGCCUAUUAAAAUCAGUGCUUCAGAGUCCUCUCUUUAAUCAAAUUCUGAGCCUUCAGACUUCUGUUCAACAACUGAGAGAUCAGGUAAAUAUUACACCUUCCAUACAUUCCAGUGGUGAAUUCCCUCAGCUUCUCCAUCAUGGUGUGAACAUGGGGUCCUUGCCGCUUAAUGAGUCAUAUUUGUUGGCUCAGCAGAAUGGUAGCCCAGCUGAUGUGUUAGAGGCAUCAAUGAGAUCCAUUACUCCUCAGAUUAAUGGGAAAUUUUCUAGUGAUGACUUUGAGCAGCUGAUCAGAAACAUGUCCCAGGGUCGUCUGGUUGAGACAAUUGACCUUAUUAAACCUCUAAGUGGUGGUCUGGGCUUCAGUGUUGUGGGACUCAAGAGUGAAAACAGGGGAGAACUAGGAAUAUUUGUGCAAGAAAUCCAGGAGGGAAGUGUGGCACACAGAGAUGGAAAGCUGAAGGAAGCAGAUCAAAUCCUUGCUAUUAAUGGACAAGCCCUUGAUCAGACAAUUACACAUCAACAGGCUAUCAGCAUUUUGCAGAAAGCAAAAGAUAAUGUCCAGCUAGUUGUCGCUAGAGGCACUUUUCCUCAGCUCAUCAGUCCUGUGGUUUCCCGGUCUCCAUCUGCUGCUAGCACUGUUUCAGCCCAUUCUAACCCGGUUCACUGGCAGCAUGUGGAGACCAUAGAGCUGGUGAAUGAUGGCUCAGGUCUGGGAUUUGGGAUAGUGGGAGGAAAGUCAACUGGAGUGAUUGUUAAAACCAUCCUUCCAGGAGGGGUGGCUGAUCAGCAUGGAAGAUUGUGUAGUGGAGAUCACAUCUUGAAAAUUGGUGAUACAGACCUAGCUGGAAUGAGCAGUGAGCAGGUGGCACAAGUUCUAAGGCAGUGUGGAAAUAGAGUGAAACUGGUAAUUGCAAGAGGUCCUGUUGAGGAGUCACUUCUACCAGCAGUUCCUCCAGGUACACCAGUGCCCACCUCUACACCAGAGAAACAGGAUGAUGCUUCUGUUGAUAGCUGUGAAGAUGGGGAGAAAUUCAAUGUUGAACUCACUAAAAACAACCAGGGUUUAGGAAUAACUAUUGCAGGUUACAUUGGAGACAAGACAUCAGAACCUUCUGGUAUCUUUGUGAAAAGCAUUACAAAAGGCAGUGCUGUUGAACAUGACGGCAGAAUCCAUGUGGGAGAUCAAAUUAUAGUUGUGGAUGGAACAAAUCUUCAGGGUUUUACUAACCAGCAAGCAGUUGACGUUUUGCGGCACACAGGACAAACGGUUCGGCUCACUUUGAUCAGAAGAGGUCUUAAGCAGGAAAAUCGUAUUCCACCCCAGGAGGACUUAAGUGCUCCUGUUGAAAAAGACUUACUAUUCCAAACAAUGGAUGGUACCACAGCCAAAGAUAACAAUGAAACAGAACAGGGAUCCCCAUCACUGCCAUGCAGUGCCAGUGUGGUAAAUAUUGGAGAUGACAUGAAACAACAGGAAACAGGUUCUCAAGAUUUCCAGCUUAGUACAGAAGAAGCAGCUGCAAAGCUAAAAUGGCAGAGGAUUAUGGGUUCGAAUUAUGAAAUAGUGGUGGCUGUGGUUAACAAAUUUAGUGAAAGCAGUGGGUUAGGGAUAAGCCUUGAAGCUACAGUGGGUCAUCAUUUCAUCAGAUCUAUCUUACCUGAAGGGCCAGUUGGACGAAGUGGCAAGCUAUUCAGUGGAGAUGAACUGCUGGAAGUGAAUGAGAUUUCUCUCCUUGGAGAAAACCACAAGGAUGUGGUCAGUAUCUUGAAAGAGCUGCCUAUUAAGGUGACAAUGGUGUGUUGUCGUCCAGUCGCUCCACCUGUCACUCAGCCAGAAAUACUAGAGAGUCUAAGCCUGUCUGAAGUUGAGCUCACAGAAAAGGGCCACAUAGAACUUGGAUUCAUUGGCUCCUCAGACACAGAGGGAACAAUAUUGGAAACAGCUGAUGAGGGUCAGAAUUUGGAAGAGGUGCAAAGCUCAUCUCUGGCAAUGUGGGAAACAGAAGUACAGCACAUUGAGCUGGAGAAAGGGAGUAUGGGGCUUGGAUUUAGCAUAUUGGACUAUCAGGAUCCUGUUGAUCCAGCAAACACUGUAAUUGUGAUUCGCUCAUUAGUUCCUGGGGGUGUGGCUGAGCAAGAUGGCAGGCUUCUUCCUGGAGAUCGGCUUAUGUUUGUCAAUGAUAUCAACCUGGAAAAUGGCAGCCUGGAGGAAGCAGUGCAAGCACUGAAAGGAGCCCCAACAGGAACAGUUAAAAUAGGAGUUGCCAAACCAUUGCCUCUUUCACCUGAGGAGGGCUAUGUCUCUGCUAAGGAAGAUUGCUUUUUCUACACUGCCCAGCCACUUGAGGAGGAGGGGCCAGCUGAUGCAGCCCUCUUCCAUGCUGAGCUGGCUCUGGUGGACUCUUGCGAGGCAGAUCUAGCGGAUGAGUCCACCUUUGAAUCACAGUAUUCUCUAGAGAGAGACGUCUUCCAGCAUUCAGUGACAGCUCUGCAUGACAGUGCCUGUAGCAGUGAGGUGAACAACAGCUUCUCUCUUCCAUUAUCAUCUCCCAAGUCUGUUGGAGAGGAAUGCCCAAGUGCUGCAGCUGAUUUCCAUGUAUCUGAGAAGAAUCUGUACAACAUGAAUCUGAAUCAGAGACUAAGAGAUGAAAAGCCUGUAGUGGACAGUAGCCUGGAAACUGCAAGUGAUUUUACUAAAACAAAUCUGACUCUGGAGGUUUCAGAUAUCAACCAAAAUGAAAGUGAAAAUACAGCAACAUGGACUGGAUCUCAGACAGCAUCAGACAUUGUACUAAAUACAAGCCUUGCUACUACCACACAUCUUGAUUCUAAUGAAAAAGAUCAAUUGCUUUUAGUGGAAAAGAGAUGCCCAGUAUCUUUGGAGGGAAAUUCCACACCCCCAAAUUCAGUGAAAAACAUGUAUGAGAAGACUAUAAUUAUUGCAAAAGGCAAUUCAAGCCUAGGGAUGACAGUAAGUUCCAAUAAAGAUGGUUUGGGAAUGAUAGUUCGCAGUGUCAUCCAUGGAGGCUCAAUAAGUCGUGAUGGACGGAUUGGUGUGGGGGACUGCAUCCUGUCCAUUAAUGAAGAGUCAACCACUAACUUAACCAAUGCACAAGCCCGGGCUAUGCUGAGACGACAUUCACUCAUUGGACCAGACAUAAAAUCUUCUCCAACACCUGCUGAUGAUCAGGCCCUCUGUUAUGUUAUUACAUAUGUGCCAGCAGAAAAUUUAGACGAGUACAGGGCCAGUUUGGGACAACAGACAGAGGGAGCUGUGCCACUUGAACUUUUUCCUUCACAUAUUGUCAGGGAACUCCCAGAGCUUCCAGAACGUGAAGAGGGGGAGGGAGAAGAAAGUGAACUUCAAAAUGCAGCUUUCAGUAACUGGAACCAGCCCAGAAAGGUCGAACUCUGGAGAGAGCCUAGCAAGUCACUGGGGAUCAGCAUUGUUGGAGGACGAGGGAUGGGAAGUCGCCUGAGUAAUGGAGAAGUGAUGAGAGGGAUCUUUAUCAAGCACAUCCUGGAAGACAGCCCAGCUGGCAAAAAUGGAACACUGAAAACUGGAGAUCGGAUUGUAGAGGUGGAUGGAAUUGACCUCAGAGAUGCCAGCCAUGAACAAGCUGUGGAAGCCAUACGGAAGGCAGGCAAUCCUGUAGUCUUUAUGGUACAGAGCAUUAUAAGCAGACCAAGGGCAUUUGGUCAGUCUGAUACAGAACCAGAAAAGACUUCGCCUUGUAACUUGCCUCUGCCCCCUCCUUCAGCAUUUUCAGGAGUGUGCUGUGAUGUUGCACAGUCAUCUUCUAUCAGAGUCCCAGAAGAUGUGGAAAAGGAGGAUGAGUUUGGUUACAGCUGGAAAAAGAUCAUGCAACGCUAUGGAAAUCUACCAGGGGAGCUACACAUGAUUGAGCUGGAAAAAGGAAAGACAGGUCUGGGACUUAGUCUUGCUGGUAACAAAGACCGAUCCAGGAUGAGUGUCUUUAUAGUGGGAAUUGAUCCAAAUGGAGCAGCUGGAAAAGAUGGCAGAUUACAGAUUGCAGAUGAGUUGCUAGAGAUAAAUGGCCAAAUCCUUUAUGGAAGGACUCAUCAGAAUGCUUCUUCAAUAAUCAAAUGUGCACCAUCUAAAGUUAAAGUAAUCUUUAUCAGAAACAAAGAUGCAGUAAAUCAGAUGGCUGUUUGCCCUGCAAAGUCAGUAGAGGCUUCACAGUGUACUUCAGGGACACUUCAACACCAAGAGAUUGAUAUCAGUGUUGCAAACCUGAGUGCAUUUUCUGACUUGAGUUCAUGUAAAAACAUUCAGUAUGUGGAACUUCCUAAGGAUCAAGGAGGCUUUGGAAUUGCCAUUAGUGAGGAAGACACAACUAAUGGAGUAGUUAUUAAAAGCUUAACAGAUCAUGGUGCGGCAGCAAAGGAUGGACGUAUCAAAGUUGGAGAUGUGAUUCUGGCAGUGGAUGAUGAAAUUGUUGUGGGAUAUCCUGUAGAAAAGUUUAUUAGUCUCCUGAAGACAUCCAAAUCUGUGGUGAGGCUUGCAAUCAACCCAGCAGAGACAGAUAACCUGACUACAGCACCAGCCCCUCCUAGUACUGUCCCAGCAGAGAAGAGGAAUAUGCAACCACUGGCAGCUGUCCCCACUUCCAGCUCACCAGAACCAGAAGCAGUGAAAAACACAAGCAGGUCUUCAACUCCAGCCAUGUUAACCUCUGACCCAGCUACUUGUCCCAUCAUUCCUGGAUGUGAAACAACCAUUGAUAUCUCCAAAGGGCGGACUGGUCUUGGUCUGAGCAUUGUUGGAGGAGCAGACACUUUGCUGGGAGCAAUAAUUAUUCAUGAAGUAUAUGAAGAAGGAGCAGCAUCUAAAGAUGGACGACUGUGGGCUGGCGAUCAGAUACUAGAAGUGAAUGGAAUUGACCUCAGGAAUGCCACACAUGAUGAAGCCAUUAAUGUCCUCCGACAGACACCCCAAAAAGUUCGUCUGACUGUGUACAGAGAUGAAGCCCAGUACAAGGAAGAAGACAUGUAUGAUGUGCUGAAUAUAGAGCUCCAGAAGAAGCCUGGUAAAGGCCUUGGGCUGAGUAUUGUUGGGAAAAGAAAUGAUACAGGUGUGUUUGUGUCAGACAUCGUCAAAGGAGGAAUAGCAGAUACAGAUGGCAGAUUGAUGCAAGGAGACCAGAUUUUGACAGUGAAUGGAGAAGAUGUCCGAAAUGCUAACCAGGAGGCUGUUGCAGCUUUGCUAAAGUGUUCCUUAGGUACAGUAAGACUAGAGGUUGGAAGAAUAAAAGCUGGGCCAUUUCACUCUGAGAGGAGAACAUCCCAGAGUAGCCAGGUCAGUGAAGGAAGUGGCAGUCUCUCAUCGUUCAGUUUCCCAGUUUCUGGGUCUGGUGCACCUGAGGUCUUUGAAAGUGGCAUUAAGAAGAAUACCACAGCUUCUGAAAUACAGGGACUAAGAACAGUUGAAAUAAAAAAGAGCCCUGCAGAUUCACUAGGAGUGAGCAUUGCUGGAGGCGUAGGAAGUCCUCUUGGAGAUGUUCCUAUAUUUAUUGCCAUGAUGCACCCAAAUGGAGUUGCUGCUCAGACUCAGAAAUUAAGAGUUGGGGACAGGAUUGUUAGCAUCUGUGGAACAUCUACCGAAGGCAUGACUCAUUCCCAAGCUGUUAAUAUCUUAAAAAAUGCUUCAGGCACUAUUGAGUUGCAGGUUGUAGCUGGAGGAGAAGUGAGUGUCAUAACUGGUCAGCAGCAGGAUCCACCUAUGUCCAGUCUUUCAUUUACAGGACUGACUUCAACUGGCAUUUUUCAGGAUGAUUUAGGACCUCCUCAGUACAAGACCAUUACCCUGGAUAGAGGACCAGAUGGCCUUGGCUUUAGCAUUGUGGGUGGCUAUGGCAGUCCCCAUGGAGACUUACCCAUUUAUGUGAAGACAGUGUUUGCAAAGGGUGCAGCAGCAGAAGAUGGACGCCUCAAGAGAGGGGAUCAAAUCAUUGCUGUGAAUGGACAGAGUUUAGAAGGGGUGACCCACGAGGAAGCUGUUGCUAUUCUGAAAAGGACAAAAGGAACAGUCACUUUGACUGUAUUGUCAUGAACUGGCUGCCUGAUGGGUUAGGGUCAAUAAGACAAUAUUGUUUAUUUUCCACAUAGUAAAGAGAAUGGAAAUGUUUGUAGUCUUCUUGCUCUUUCAGCUUCACAGGAGUGUGUAACAACACUGAAAAAAAGUAACAUUUAACCAUAUUUUUAUAUAGAUUAGAAGUACUCUUCCUGUCAAACCACUGGGAUGAAGUUAUGUUAACUAUGGAAACACAUGGACAUUUUUCCUAUUAGUAAGUCACUACAAAAAUAAUGUUUUCAUUAAUAACCACACAAGAAAACUGAAAUGUUUUGGUAGGAGACUUUGGAUAUUUGAAUAAUGUUGGAAAAAUGAUAAAUUUACCAAUUCAGCAAGGGAUUACAUGGGUAGCAGUAGACUGAAAACAGGAAUAAAGUUACUGAAGAAAGAAAGUAUUACUAAAACAGAGAUUUGGGAGAUAAGAAGAAAAGUAUGUAAUCUGUAGGCAGAUGGUUAGUAGGCUAGAUGGUUCUUUGGAACUAGAUUAUUUUUAAGGUUCCUUUCAAUGUAAACUGUUCAAUGGCCAUAUUAUUUCAUAAUGCUCAAGUAGAAGGAACUAGGUUGGUAACUUGGGUGGAUUAUUUUGCUUGUCUUUUUGUCUGUUUAAAUUUACUAAGUCAUGGUGUAUCUGAAAAAAAAAAAAAAAAAA